AAGGUCAAACAAGUCAGGCUGCCUGCUAUGCAUGGAGUCAAUUCCAUCUCCUACCAUUCGGUCAUCAGUCAUCACCACCACCCUCAGCCCCCCACUUCCUCUGUAAGGCACCUAUUAUUGAUUCAUCCUGACCUCAUCUGGGGCCAAUUGACCUCGUUUCCUCUGGCCGCGUCCCGGAAAGGAAUUGUUUAGCUCUCUUUAGGCUGCUUCAUCUCCCUGCGUCGCUCGAAGUAGAAGGCAGGCGGCUUUUGUCUUUCAAGUGACUUUUGGCCCCCUUUUGGGAUCCCAAGCCCUGGAGAUGGCUCAGCAUGCCCAUGUUCCGAAGUUUGGAGAUUGGGAAAGCGUUGGUGAUGUUCCCUAUACACAACGUUUUGAGGUUGUUCGCAAGGGUAGAAGUGGAGGGAAGGCAAUAAAUUCAGAUGAUCCUCAUGAAAACCCUGAAGCGGUACAUCCAAACUUGGAAGACCUACAUCCAAAGGAUGAUCGCCGUCGACUCACGCAGUCACCUUUGCAUCAUGGUGCUGUGACUUCUAAACCAACCAUGGUGUCCCCUCUUCAUAGGCAUGGGUAUCAACCAGAUUCAGGUGACCAUAGGAGGGCUGGCAGAACAAGUGGUGGAUCUGAGAAUAGCUCUCCACUUCAUGCCCAUUAUCAAGUGAAAGCUGCUACUAGAGUUGGUGUAUCUUCUCCUUCCAAGGGUUCAUCCGAAGGUAGCCAUGCAUACACUUCCAAUGUUGCAAGUAGAUCGAGAAUGACUGGUGGUCGAGGUGAUGAAACACCUGAGAAAGUGUCAUCUGUGCCUAAGUUUGGUGAGUGGGAUGAAAGCAAUCCUUCAUCAGCUGAUGGUUACACCCAUAUAUUUAACAAAGUGAGAGAGGAAAAGACUGGAUCAACAAAAGCUACCAUGAUAACUGAUGAUACGAUCUAUGUCAAUGACCAAGAUGUUCGUGGUAGAUCCAUGUUGCAACAAAGGACCAACAUUUAUUCAUCUGAUUUAAUUAUUUCUUUAACAGAGUUGUUGCUUUGGCUGGUGCAAGAAGUAACUAGUUGCACAGGAAGGUUCAAAUCUCUCAUCCUGUACAUAUCCUCAAAGAAGACUAUCAUAUUAUUUGGAUAUAUUUGAGAAAUGCAUUCUCCUCUGUGCUAGUGUGGAUGUUCAUGAAUAUGUUGAUGUAUUCGAAAACAUUUUCUUUCUAGUUUCUUGUGCCUCUGUAUCCUGAUUGCAACACUAUGGAAGACUAAAUUUCAGAUUGA